CACAAUUCAUUUUUUGGAGUUACAAACCAAGCAUAUAACCUGACUAUACACAAAGCAAAACUCGCACUAAAUUUGUUGUUGAUCUUGGAAUGAAAACCCGAACUGACGAACCAAUCAUUUAUAAUCGGAAAUCCAGCAGCUAUAUUCAUCCGUCCCUGACCACACUAAAACCACUUCCAUCUCUGGUCACCACCGCAGGAGUGCUGGCUUGCUGCGACUGCCAUUUCACAUUUUCACAGUUCUAAUACAAAUGCUUUGAAGCGUGUUUCGUGAAUCGGGAGUGAAAGGCUAAACCCCAGCCAUUCCCUCUCUCUUCUCUUCGUGAACAGCUUAACUCCCCCCCACCCCACCCCACCUGGCCACCUUGCGCAUAUUUCACGCAUUUCGCAUACAUCAUACUCUGUUUUUACGAACGCAUAUCGGCGGCAAUGGUUCGAAUCCAUUUGUAAUGUAUGUUGAGUGAUCUCUCUUGGGAAAAUGGAGGAAGAAUUGCAGAAGCUGAGCACUGAUUGCGUCUACUUCUUAGCAUCGCCUCUCACUUGCAAAAAGGUAGCCUUUCCCCUGUGCGAUGCUCUGUAAUUUGUAUACUGUUCUUUCCUUUCCGCUCUGCAAUUUAUGCAAUUGUAGAUAUCAUUUUGUCAGUCUUCCUUUCGGAUACAAUUAUUUGAUAUGUAGUAUUUUUCUAGGAUGCUCAUUCAGGAUUGUUUGGAACUGAUUCUGCUUUUGCUUCUUUUUUAAAGCAGAAGCAGAAUCAGAAUUUUCGGAGGGUGGUCACCCCGAGUUUCUAAAAAAACUGAUCCCAGCAGUAAAUUAGAGCACCAGAAUCACUUUUGCACUUUCACCCAAACAUUCCAACUUCUACUUCUGCUCCUUCGCAGGGAGCAAAAGCAUUUUUAGAAUCAGAUCCAAACACCCCUCUGAGCUUGGGCCUCGGAAUAUUGUUUACAUUUAUUUAAUGUAUAUGUUUUUGCUUGCAUAAUUGCUCAUGUGUGAAAGGCGAUUGGAUUUUACCCAACAUUGAGUAUGGUCAUUUUUGUCUUGAUAGAUAGCGUUUUAUUGUUGCAAAACCAGGAACCUCUUCCUCUCUCUUGAAUCUUGAUUUCUUUCUCGUAUUACUGCAUUCUACUUUUAUAUAUGAGUUUGUAAAGGGGGCCUCAUAUUACUUCUCCACAGCCUAUUGAGCUAUUGUUUGUUACUGUUCAAGAACAAUUGUCCAGUAGUACUGCGUUCUUUUGAAUGCUUUAAUUGCUUUGGUCUGAACUACACUUAAGAUUCGGAUUGAAUUCCUUUUCUGGUAUUAGGUGUUAGACAUAUGGAGUCAUUCAUUAGAUAUCAUCCGUGAUUGAUUGGGCCAUUAGUCAAUAUUUGCUUUAGAAGCCUUACAAAGUCGUACUGUAUUCAUUAGUUAAUUAAAAUCCAACAUAAACUAUAGUGAGUGCUGCCGUUGGGUUUCCAUCUGAAUCACAUGAAACUGAAGUUACAUCUCCCAAAUGCAACUUCCAGUGAUCUGCUUGCAGUCAUCAAGUCAUGUUUCUCAAUUAUCUAUUGCGCACCAAACUUUGACAAAUUCAACUUCAACUUCUCAGUUAUCUCCCAAAUCCAACUUCCAUGUAAUCAAUUCACACAAUCAUCUCUUCUAAGUUCUAACUAUUGAAAUACUUGACCCUCAAUAUCUGGACCCACUGAUGGCAAUAGGAAGUGCUGUACUUCUGGUUAGUUUAUAAAGUAUAAACUACUCAAAUCUUGUUCUCUAAAUUGUGCACCAAACUUUGACAAAUUGUAGACAUUGCCUCAGAUUACAUAAAGGCCAAAUAUGGGAACACAUAGAUAUCAAAUGACUCAUUUCUAACCCACUUGUAUUUUUUGUGACAUCGACAACAAAAGCGGUAGGUAAGGCGUGGGUGAGUGGUAAUUCAAAUAUACUAUGUGGAUUCUGAUAGCAGCUCUUAUCCUACCACUUUUCGAUUACAAAUUGAGAGAUUGGUCCAGCAUCAAACAAGGAAGACCCAAGAAGAUCCAUUUAACUGGAAAUUUUAUUGCAACUUAUGGUGUGAUUAAAUGAGGACAAAAUGCUAGAAUGUGUUAGGGGUUAACUUAACCUACAGUUAGCAGGAGUGCAGGACUUACUGACAUGUUCACAGCCUCAUAGAACCUCAAGCAAGGACUCCAAUAAAAAAUAACAGCUCUGCUGUUUCUCUGUAACUUUACUGCUAACCUGGAGGAUUCUAUCAGCACAUUUGAGAGAUCUUGCACCGUACUAUGAAUUAGGUAUUUUUAUAGUAAUUUGAUUGACGUGUCGACUUUCAUUAGCAUUUGGGGUUUGUUAGAAAAAUGAUGACAUUUUUCUGGUUAUCAGGGCAUUGAAUGUGAGUAUCGGCACAAUGAUAUUGCUAGGCUCAACCCGAGAGAGUGUUGGUUUUGGUUAGCAGGGAGCUGUCUUAAUCCUACAUGUGGUUUCCGACAUCCUCCACUAGAGACUUUUGCUGAGACUUCAUAUAAAGCAACAACUACAUAUGAUAAGUCUGUAGCACUUAUGAGCAAGAAGACCCGCGUUCCUUGUUUUUUCUAUCACAAUGGGUUCUGUAGUAAAGGUGAGAAAUGUGUGUUUCAACAUGGACCAGGAGACGUUUUAGUUGCCCGGAAUUCCUCAAGGGUAACUUCUGGAGUCACUGAUGAACCAGCAGCAGCUCCAGAGAAGAAGAAAAAAGAAUUGAGUGUGGGAAUUGAAAUAGUGUCAGUACCACUGGAAACUCAUCCUGGUUUUAGUGUGGAGAUUGCAGCCAAUGGAAAUAUCAAGACUCAAGUAGAUCUCCUUCAGACAACAAAUGAUCUUACUGUAGAAAACUUUUGUGAAAGUCAUGUUCCAGAAACAGAGUUGGAAUCUUCAUUUCCUGCUCAUGACAGCUUCACUGCUGGAGGACUUCAUUCUGACACUGCAUGGAGUUCAGAUGAUGAAAUGGAAGAGAAAGAAGAGGGGUUAGAAGCAUGUCCUUGUUUUGAUGUUCUUUUCAAUGAUGAUAGAUCGAAGGAGUUGAUGUAUGAUGAAGAGGAAGAUAAUGAGUACUUGAUCCAAAACCAAUAUCAUGCCAUACAUGUUGAUGAACAGUAUGUGGGCGGAUAUGAUUUUGAUGACAGCAUUGAACACAAUCCGUUUCAUGCAGAUGAAGGGCUUGUGUUUGAAGAAGAAGCAUCACAUGUUCCAUAUUAUGAGCGUGCUACUGGUUAUUUUUUGAGAAAACCGAAUGGCAAUGCCCGUUUGAGGGAUUGUAUUCUGCAUCAUCAGAACAGAAAAAUCAAGCUGACAGAAUGGGGCGGUUUUAACUUGAAGGGUGCAGACCUCCACCACUAUCACUACUACCCUAGGAAGCAUGCCUAUGGCUGGAACCAGCAUCCCCACCUGCACAGUACAAGGGCAAUAUCGAAGCUGGAGAUUAGUGUGACUGGAUCACUACAACCAGAAUGCUGGGCUUCCCUGAAUGGGUUCCACCGCCAUAGACGCACACCUAGACACAUUCAUAUGAUGAACAGUCAGAUGGAGGAGCAUUUUAAGAGGAGGCGUGGUAAGCAGCUGCUUCCUUUUCAGUCUCAACGAGUCUCAAGGAUUGGAGGUUAUUGUGUGAAGAGAAAAUCAAGCAACCUGUUUAUUGCACCAAAGACACUUUCCCAGAUCAAAGAAGAGAAGAAGAGAGCAAAAUGGAAUCUGAGUUUUGAGGCACGGCCCACAGGACUAGAAGACGAGUUUCAGGGUCCAAAAUCUCUAGCCGAAAUCCUCAAGGAUAAAAGAAGGUAGGAAGAUCCCUUCUUUUUUACACCAUUUUUGGAAAACUAAUGACGUUGCCCCAUCACCAUAGUUUAUCCAUUUAGAAUGAUUUUCAUCCAGCUGUUACUUACAAAACCAAUGCAAGCAGAACUAAAAUACUGCCUGACCAUAGCUGUCUAUGACAGUCAAUUCACUCUGAACAACUGAAUCAUCCCAGUAUAUUUUGUGAGGAAAUUUGAAGGAUUAGAACAAUACUGUGCUGAAGUUUGUUAUUGUUUCAUUGGAACUCCCACUCCAGGAAGAAAGUAGAGAGAAAGACUACAGUAGGGAAGAAAGUAGAGAGAAAUUGUAUCAUCCCUAAAAAAUAAGUGACACCAUUGGAGCUCCUCUUGACACAGAAAUCCCAUAAAUUUUACCACAAUUUUCAUUUUUCCCUAAUUAGCAAGCUUAGAUCUUCCAUCACCAAAAUGAAUAAAUAUAUGGGGACAGUGAAUCCCCAUGACUUAACCCAUGUUGCAGGAAGGUCGGUCCAGGCGUUGAGCCUUCAAAAGGAAUUGAGUACUCAACUGAUGACACACACAAAUUUCUAGACCAACUGAAUCCACUUAGGCGUGAACUCUAUGGCCUCCAUUACUUUGAAUAAGAAAUUCUAUUCCACCCUCGUUGUUCACUUAGAACUCUAUGGUUCAUUUUGAGAACUAUAUUGUUCAUUUCGAAUUCAAGAGCCACAAAAACUUCUUUACCCUGUGUCUUACACUUGAGAUAUUGAUGAGAUCCAAAUGGAAUUAUAAUAUUAUCAACAAUUGAUUUGCCUGACACAAAAGAACUCUGGUUCAC